CCCGCCCCGUCGGUUCGGGAGCAAGGCCAGCCGUCGGGCCGGACCAGAGGCCGAGUCUGCCUCGUCCCACCCACCAUGGCCGAGCCGGCGUACAGCCGCUUCGUGGACCGCACCAAGAUGGAGGCCGAGGUGCCCGACAUGGGCCCCAGGGAGCUGGCGAGCACCGAGUUCCCGGAGCUGAAGCAGCUGGCCCGCCAGGGCUACUGGGCCAAGAGCCACAGUCUGCGGGCCGAGGUGUACCGGAAGCUGAUCCGGGCCAUCCCCUGCCGCACGGUGACCCCGGACGCCAGCGUGUACAGUGACAUUGUGGGUAAGAUCGUGGGCCAGCACGGUGGCAGCGCUCUCCCCCUGCCCGAGUUCGUGGAGAGCAGCCUGGUGCCCAGCUACUGCCUGACGACCGAGGGCGCGGAAGCUGUGCGCAAGAUCCUGCUGUGCCUGGCCAACCAGUUCCCCGACAUCUCCUUCUGCCCCGCGCUGCCGGCCGUGGUGGCCUUGCUCCUGCACUACAGCGCCGACGAGGCGGACUGCUUCGAGCAGGCCAGCCGCAUCCUGGCCUGCAACGACCCCAGCCGGCGCCUGCUGGACCAGAGCUUCCUGGCCUUCGAGUCGUCCUGCUUGACCUUCGGCGACCUGGUCAACAAAUACUGCCAGGCGGCCCACAAGCUGCUGGUGGCCCUGUCCGAGGACGUGCUGCAGGUGUACUCGGACUGGCAGCGCUGGCUCUUCGGAGAGCUGCCUCUCAGCUAUGUGGCCAGGGUCUUUGACGUCUUCCUGGUGGAGGGCUACAAAGUGCUGUACCGGGUGGCCCUGGCGCUCCUCAAGUUCUUCCACAAGGCCGGGGGGUCGGCGGGGAGCGCCGCGGCGGCCCCGGGCCGCGUGCAGCAGGACAUCCGGACCUUCGUCAGGGACAUUGGCAAGACCGUGUCGCCCGAGAAGCUCUUGGACAAGGCCUUCGCUAUCCGCCUCUUCUCCCGCAAGGAGAUCCAGCUGCUGCACAUGGCCAACGAGAAGGCCCUGAAGCAGAAGGGCAUCACUGUCAAGCAGAAGAGUGUGUCCCUUUACAGAAGGCAGUUCGUGCACUUGGCUGUCCACGCAGAGAACUUCCAGUCAGAGAUUGUCAGCGUGAAGGAGAUGCGAGAUAUCUGGUCCUGGCUGCCUGAGCGCUUUGCAUUGUGCCAACCCAUGCUGCUCUUCUCCAGCCUGCAGCACGGCUACAGUCUGACCAGAUUCUAUUUCCAGUGUGAUGGCCAUGAGCCAACUCUGCUGCUCAUCAAGACCACGGAGAAAGAGGUGUGCGGUGCCUACCUGUCAACAGACUGGAGCGAGCGCAACAAGUCUGGGGGAAAACUGAGCUUCUUUGGCACCGGGGAAUGCUUCGUGUUCAGACUGCAGCCAGAGGUGCAGCGUUAUGAAUGGGUGGUGAUCACACACCCCGAGCUGACCAGAGCCACCGACUCCAAGCCGGGGGCGUCAGCGCCUCAGCUCCCCGCUGCCUCCGGGCUCGAUCCUUCGGACCGCCUGUCACCCUUCUUGGCCACUCGGCACUUCAACCUGCCGUCCAAGACGGAGUCCAUGUUCAUGGCUGGUGGCAACGACUGCCUCAUCGUGGGGGGCGGCGGGGGCCAGGCCUUGUACAUUGACGGAGACCUGAACCACGGCAGGACCAGCCACUGUGACACCUUCAACAACCAACCCCUGUGCUCCGAGAGCUUCAAGGUCGCCGCGAUGGAAGUGUGGGGCUUCAAAGACUUCGUCACACAGGGAACGCAGUAAUGACUCUGUUUUGGGGAUUUCUCCCCACAACCCCCCCCAGGCUCAACGAGGAAGAGACCACCCUGCCACCCAGCCAGUGCAAUAGCCAAGGCUGGCGGCCCCAGCCGGCUUCAUUCGUGGUCCAGUAGUCAGCCGGGCACGGUGUGUCUACAUCCACCACUUGUCUGUCUUGUAGGUGGUACUUUGGUUUGUGGGAGGAUGAACUCCUGGGCCCUAGUGUCCACCCUAUUCAUGUCAGGUUUUUGGUGAUGCUCAGGGGCUUCAUAGCCUCCUUGAUACUGUGAACCCCAAGCCCCCUCCCUCAAGGACCAACCCACUCCCCCUUAUUUCUGUUUCAUUCCCCUCUCCCUGGUGGGAUGGGGCAAAGGGGGCUGCUGCCCACCAGGUGUGGCCCCACCCACCUCUUGCACCCAGACCGGGUGGCUGAUAGCUGGGUCUCAGGGCCCAACUGUGCCGAGGCAGAGCAGUCAGUGAUAACCCAGCCCUCCCUCCCCGGGCUGCAGCCUGGCGGGGAGGAGAGAGGCCAACUCGGGCUCCUCAGGUGAGUCUCAAACUCCACUUCUGGUUGGUAACCGGCCAACAUCCCCAGCCACCCACAAGUUGAAUGCUGCCCGGGCAGAUAAGAUGAACCUUCUCAAACCCUCAGUGACCGGCCCAGAUCAAUGUCGCUGUCAUGGGCACUGGGGCCCGUCCCUGUGCCUGUCCUGACCACUAGCAUAGGUGCUGGUCACCAUCAGGCCACUGGUCCACCCUGGCUGAAAUACUGAGAAACGGAACACCUGUCUGAACUGGAGCCCUCUCAUUACUCCGUAAUUGCCCAGGUGCUGCCUGCUGGCAUUAGUGUGGGACCCUUUCCGCCUCUCCCCUUCCCUUCCCUUCCCUCCCCUUCCCUUCCCUUCCCUUCCCUUCCCUCCCCUUCCCUUCC